AUGGGCUACCGGCUCGAUACUUCGGCAGCCUAUCAGCCCGACCCUUUUUGCGGGGCGAGGCUUACGCCUGGCUUUCUUGGUUGGCACACAACAGAAGGCCGAACUUUGAUUAAGAUCAACGAGCACGGCUUUCGUGAUCAACCGCGGAGCGUAAACAAGAGGCCGGGCGUUUUCCGAAUUGCGGUCCUCGGCGAUUCGUAUUCUGAAGCCUUGCAGGUUGAACUGGAUGAAACGUUCUGGUCGGUCAUGGAGGCUGAGCUUCGCGAGCAGCUUCCCCCGAGCGGGAUUGAUAUCGAAGUGCUCAACUUCGGUGUGUCCGGUUAUAGCACGGCCCAAGAGCUUCAGAUGCUGCGGCACUACGUGUGGCCUUAUGAACCCGAUUUGAUUCUGCUUCAGUUCUUUGCGGCCAACGAUGUGGUGAACAACUCGAAGAAGCUGGCAGAUGAUCUAGGCCGGCCUUUCUUCUCAAUCAUCAACGGCGAAUUGGUGCUGGACGAUUCGUUCCUCAACGAUCCAACUCGAAUUCGAUUUGAAACUUCGCGUUGGAUUCGAUUCAAAGACUUUUUAGUGCAUCACAGCCGGCUUGCAGCGCUGGUGUAUCAAUUGCGUCAUCGCCAAGACACGAGCAACGAUGAUAACUAUCUAGAAGCAGGGCUCGAUCUUCGUGCGUUCCAUGAAACGCAAGACACCGAUUGGGAAGAAGCUUGGGAAGUAACCGAUCGGUUGAUUGAGAACAUUGCCAGGGAGGCCAAACAGCAUGGCGUACCACUGAUUGUGCUGAUGGCCAACUGCGCGGUGGAAAUCGACUUCGAUAAACAGGCAAGCAACCUGGUCGCUGUGGAGCUUGGCAUCCCCGAUUUCGAAUACCCCGCGCGCCGGCUGAGGAGUCUGGGGGAUAAGCACGGAUUUCUGGUCGUUACUCCAGCCGACAAAAUGCGCGAGUAUGCCAUGCAACAUCAGCGAUACCUGCAUGGGUUUUCCAACACGCGUCCGGGCAAAGGCCAUUGGAACAUGGAUGGCCAUCGACUCGCCGGACAAGUUGCGGCAGAGAAGAUUAUGGAAGCGGGCUUGCCUCCCGGUGAAGUGAAUCCUGCGGAAGUUCAGGGCCAGUUACUCGAGAUUAGCGGACCAGAGAGAGCAUCAGGGGAGCGUCUAAUGAGGAUGAUUGUUUGCGCGGCGGCUGCGGCCGUUGCGAUGCUCGGGGUAUGUUCGGAUGCGAAUGCCAAUCCACUUUCCCCGAUGAAUGAAUACAACUUGAUCGUAUUCGGCGAUCUCGAUAGCCAGUCGAACGUGCAAGGCAAGGCCUUCAUCGGCGGCAAUCUUUCCGGCACUGCCAGCGACUUUGGGACGAUGCUGAGCAUACCUUCUUCCGAAACUUCACUGCUGGUAGGUGGCGACGUUCUGGCCACGAUUGAAAACAUCAACCGCGGAAGCAUCGAGGUUGGUGGCGACAUUUCGGCUGGCAGUAUCAUCAACAUGAACAGCGGUGGAAGUGCUGCGGUGGGCGGAACCGUCUUCGGUACCGUGCAGAACGGCCCGGUUGUUCCGCUGGGCAGCCCCGUUGAUAUUUCCGGGAUUCAGGCCACUCUCGAGGCAGCCUCCGCAGCAUUGGCUGCCUUGACCGCCAACAGCACCACCUCGGUGCAGAACGGCAACCAACUCGUGUUCGACGCCCAACCCGGUGGUCCACAGAACCAGGCGGUUUUCAAUGUGACGGCGGCCGACGUCUUCGAGAACAACUCGUUGGCCCAAAUGCAGAUGAACGCCAACGGUGCCUCGCAGAUCAUCAUCAACGUCAGCGGGUCGAGCAUGACCUGGAACAACGGUAUGAACCAGGUGGGGGCUUUCACCACCAACGCACUUCGUGAAAUCGUCGUCUGGAACUUUUACGAAGCCACUUCGCUGACCGUAGAUCGCAAUUUGAAUGGUGCACUGCUGGCCCCAGAAGCCCACCUGACGAACUCGACGAACAUUGAUGGAAGUGUGGCCGUGGCUUCUUUCACGCAGCGUGGCGAAGUUCACUUGCCGACCACGGUGGUGGCAGUGCCUGAGGCUUCGAGCCUGGUGUUGAUGAGUUUGGGCCUGAUUACCUUGGCACCGUUUCUUCGCCGGCGAAGCAAGCGAUAA